GUUAAGUCCAUGAUCGGUGCUACUUUUCUAAAGGCUUUGUGUAUUCAAAAAGCCUUCUGUUUAAGACGUACACUUACUCCUUGCAUCAAAUUUACUGUGCUAGGUGUGCCUUUCAAAAGGUGUCUUAAGGUUUUACCUACAAGCAGAAUCUUACAGAAAAUGUCCAGUGAAGCCGAAGAUUUGUCAGUGUCAACAGCAAAGAAACCAAAGUUCUCUGUCCUUGAUGUAGAUGAAUGGCAAAAAAGAUGGGCUGAGAGAAAAAUUGGAUUCCAUCAGGAUGCAGUUCAUCUCUACUUGGAAAAGUAUAUAGACAAACUGCUGAACAAGCAUGAAAAAAUUGAUGUUUUCAUGCCCCUGUGUGGUAAAGCUGUGGAUAUUAAAUGGCUGGCCGACAAAGGACACAGUGUGGUAGGUGUGGAAUGUUCCUCCAUGGCUCUGGAGGAGUUCUUUGAUGAACAGAAUGUAGAGUAUACUACAGAACCUGUCAAUGAAGUUAAAGGUUCCCUCUAUAAGAGCAAAGAUGGAAAAAUUAAGCUGUAUUGCUGUGACUUUUUUGCAUUCAACAAAGAUAUUGCUGGUCAGUUUGAUGCCAUCUGGGACAGAGCUGCAAUGGUGGCGAUCAAUCGAAGUGACAGAGUAAAGUAUACUGAUUUGCUGAAGAGUCUGAUGAAGCCGGAAUGUCGUUUGGCAUUAGUUACUCUAGAGUUUGAUGAAUCUUUACAUGCUGGACCACCACAUGAUUUCCCUGAGGAUAAUGUCAGAGAGCUGUAUGAAGAGACAUGCAAUGUGGAGAUGGUGGAGUCUAUGGACGGCUUGAAGGAGAGACACAAAGGCUGGGGACUGAGCUCACUGGAGGAAAAAUUUUAUGUUAUCAUGAAAAAAUAGUCAUUUUAUCAUUACAUGUAGUUAAUCAAUUUCCCAGAGUGCAUUGCAGUUCCCUACACUGGUUCACUCCCUUACUCUGUACUCUCUGUCAGGGCUGCUCUCUGCUCACAAAGGACUGGUAGUGGGUAACCAUGGUGAUUUCUUCAUAGGUAAAUUUCAAUAUCUGGUGAUGUACGUAUUACUUAUUGAAAGCAAGGAAAAUGAAUAAUACACCAAAAGCUAUGGAUUUCAGCCUCAAGAGUAAAUACAUACCCUUUGGUCAAUAAGCAAAUGAAGAGAAUCACAAGUUUCACUUUUUGAAAUAACUUCAGGCAAAUAGUGUUCAAUGUGCUUAUGACAAUGACAUUAUAGACCCUUGUUGCUUCAGCUGAAGUUACCAUCUCUAUGAUGACACGAUGAGCAAUAAAGAUGGCACAUACUGAAGUAGAAAAUCAAGAUGGUUACUCACUAUCAAUCCUCUGUGUAGUGUUCACAAGGGAGAUAACUGAGGAGGGAACAGUCUAUAUAGUUAUCUAUAUAUGGAGGGGUAGCAAUGCACUCUUGGAGAUAUUUCUUAUUAACAGAGAUCAUUCUAGACAGGUUUUGUAAUCAUGGGUUGUAUAUUUAACAG